AUGUCUCUGUUUGCUGCAUAUUCCAUUUGUGAAGUUGCCAAGGAUGCAGCUGGGGUUGCAGGAAAUGUCUUUGCUUUUGGCUUGUUUGUGUCUCCUAUAGCCACAUUUAGGAGAAUUAUCAGAAAUGGGUCAACGGAGAUGUUCUCAGGGAUGCCAUUUAUCUAUUCUCUUCUGAACUGCUUGAUCUGCAUGUGGUAUGGCACACCUCUGAUAUCUGCUGAUAAUUUGUUGGUCACAACUGUUAAUUCAAUUGGAGCAGUCUUUCAGUUUGUGUAUAUAAUCCUCUUCUUGAUGUAUGCUGAGAAAGCAAAAAAGGUGAGAAUGAUUGGAUUAUUGGUGGCAGUUCUUGGCGUAUUUGCAAUCAUAUUAUUUGGAAGCUUGCAAAUAAAUGACAUUCUAACGCGUCAGUUCUUUGUGGGAUUCUUGAGCUGUGCAUCUCUCAUUUCAAUGUUUGCCUCUCCGUUGUUUAUAAUCAAAUUGGUCAUUCAGACAAAGAGUGUUGAAUUCAUGCCAUUUUAUCUCUCACUUUCCACCUUCCUAAUGAGCACCUCUUUCUUUCUUUAUGGAUUGUUCAACGAUGAUGCCUUCAUUUAUGUGCCAAAUGGGAUAGGAACUGUUUUGGGAAUGAUACAGUUGAUAUUAUACUUCUACUAUGAGAAUAAAUCCAGAGAGAGCUCCAGAGAACCUCUGAUAGUGUCAUAUGCAACCCUUGAUUCAGAUGGUGGCCUUCUGGCCAUCUUUACCAGAGAACCUGGUAUGGAAUAUGUGGCGCGGUUAACUUGGUAUAUUCAUGCAAGGCUUGAGGAAGUGAACAAUGUUUUAAGAUGGACUAUUGCAAGAAAGCACACUCCUGCAGUCGUUGGUCAUGGUCUAAGCUAG